CUGUGUGUGAAGGCUGCUGUGUUUCCUCACUAUGGCAUCGCUGACUUCUUCCGGCCGCAGAUCCUCCUCAUCGUAUCGCUCAUCAUCACGCUACAGCACUUCCAGCUCAUAUCGGUCUGAAGGAUCUCUGGGUGGAUCAUCUGAUUCUCUGGAUGCUCUUUUCGAGCCUUUUCUUGACUCAGCUGAUCGUUCCAGUCUGUUUGGAGAUGAGGGAUCUGCAGGACACAACUGCCUGGCCCCCUUCAGCAGACACAGCAGAUCCUCUUAUGGACAUGCUGGUGGCGCUGUGACGGGCCGGCAGAGCAGCACAGGCGGGGUGAGAUGUCUGGGAGACGGUUACUGCAUGUCGGCUGACGUCAGCCAGUUUGAGCCUCAUGACGUGGUGGUGAUGGCCUACAACCACCAAGUCGUCAUUCACGCCCAGAAGGUUAUGGAUGAUGGGAGCGUCAGUGACACAUUUACCCAUAAGUCCCUGUUCCCAGAGGAUAUGGACCCCCUGUCCAUCAGUGGGACCCUUAAUCCUGACGGUACUCUGGUCGUCAGUGUUCGCCGGAUGAUGACGUUUGCCGGACCGGAGCCGCUGGUUGUUCCCACCUACCGCACUGAAGCACAUCUUUGACUUGUGUCCUCAUAGACCUUCACAUGGCAGCUAAAAUAAUAAUAUUUAGACUUUUUUUCUAGUUUUGUCAGUGAGGUUUGAUCAUUUAUCAAUUAAUCAAUCAGUCAUAGUUUAUUUGUAUAAUCCUUUACAACAGCCUACAAUAAUUGUGACCAAAGUGCUUCACAGUUAACAACAGGAAAAUAACUCAAAAACAAUACAGUAACUUAGAACAGGACAAACAAUCACACCUGCAUUCACACCUACAGGCAAAUUUAGAACAAUCAAUUAACCUCAGCAUAUUUACCUCCGCCAAGGAGGUUAUGCGAUCGGGUCCAUUUAUUUAUUUGUCUGUCUGUGUGCGUGUCUGUGGACAGGAUUUCUAGGAAACUACUUGUCGGAUCUUCAUGAAAUUUUCACCAGAGGUGGAUCUUGGCCCAGGGAAGACUCCAUUUAAAUUUUGUGUUGAUCCGGAUAAGGAUCUGGAUUCUGGAGCCGGAUUUAGAUUUUCCAACUUUGUAUCAUUUCUCCAGAACUAAUGAAUCGAUGGGAAUGUAAUUUACAACAACGUUAGAUCUUGGGGUUCUCAUCAAUCUUGCCUUACCAUCCACAUCUUCCCUUGGCGGAGGUCAGAAAUCUCGGAUUGCUCUUGUUUUGGACUGUGAGAGGAAACCGACGCAUGCAGGAAGACCUCGACAAGGCCAGGACGUGAACCAGGGAUCUUCUAGCUGCAAGGCGAGAAGUGCUAACCACCACACCACUGUGCAGCCUGUAAAACAUACAAUAAAACAAUAAAAUAAACAACAAUAAAACAGCACGAAAAUAUAGCAUCUAAAGAAAUAAAAGUAAGAAAAUUUCACCAAGCCGCUAGGUAUGAAAAGCCGUUUAAAACAGGAAGGUUUUGAGUUGCGAUUUAGAAAGACCCAGGUCAGUGACGGAGCUUUUAUCAAGCUUUCAACAGCAGUAUGUAGAAUAAAACCUGGAUUAGGUCUGUGUCAAGCUGCAAUGAUAUUUAACUCCUAUAAUUACUAAUUUAUAAUAUUAGUAGGAGUGAUUUUAGUGGUGCUCUGAUCUUGCAGGUCAUAAAAGAGCCGAAUCUCCUUUAUUCUUAAAAACAACCUGCUUUCCAUAAAUGACAGUCACAGAUCAUGAUUUGAAGGACGG